CCAUCUCCACUCUGACAUUCAGUAAUUCUCUCAGUAACAUUUUUCUGCCCUCUGACAUAUUCAUCCACCUCCUCCCUGCUGAUUCUCUCAUUCAUUUCAUCUGUAAUUCUGCAUCCUUCCUCUCCAGUGUCACACAUACUUCACACACUUCACUACCGCAUGUUCCACCUGGUUGUCCUGUGGCAUCAAAAUCAAGAUCAAGUUCACCCUCAGUCCUGACAACAGCAGCAACUUUACGUACAGUAACAAUGGGGAAAAAAGAUAAAAAAAAAGGUUCAGGGGCGGCGAAAACAGCGGCUAAGACGGAAAAAAAGGCCAAUCUUAAGCUGAAAAAGGAGUUGGUGGCCAAAGGCGAGGAGGACUUUGACACACUCCUUGAAAAAUUUGCUGCUGAAGAUGCUGCAAUGAAUGCCGUGAAGGAAGAGGUAGUGUCUCCCCCAGGCCGUAGAUCUUGUUUCACCCUGACACCCCAUCCAACACAGGACCAACUCAUUCUCUUUGGAGGAGAAUACUUCAAUGGUUCCAAAACUAUGAUGUACAAUGACCUGUUUUUGUACCACAUCAAACAUGACCGUUGGAUCCAAGUACUGGGUCCCCACAGUCCACCACCUAGAUCAGGUCAUCAGGCUGUGGCAGUAGGUCGGGGAGGAGGUCAACUGUGGAUCUUUGGAGGGGAGUUCAGCAGUAUGACACAGUCUCAUUUCUACCAUUUUAAAGAUCUUUGGGUUUUCCACCUUUCUGAAAAUAAAUGGGAGAAAGUCACGGCUGGUGGAGGGCCAUCAGCUAGAAGUGGACACCGGAUGACAGCUCUUGGGAAUCAGCUUCUGGUUUUUGGUGGCUUCCAUGAUAAUGGAAUCCAUUUCCGCUACCACAACGACUUAUACUUAUUCUCUUUAGAUGACCGCAAGUGGACCAAGUUGGCAGUAGUUGGAAAUGGCCCAUGUCCACGUUCAGGGUGCCUCCUGACACCUGUCCCCAAUGGAGGUGUGCUACUAGGUGGUGGUUACAGCAAGGAGACUGCAAAAAAAGAAGAGGAAAAUGGUGUAACACACACAGAUAUGUUUCUUCUCACUCCAGAAAAACAUGACAAGUCUGGUAGCAGGUGGAAGUGGCAGAGUGUGCGGCAGGGAGGAGUACGGCCUUCACCCCGCUGUGGUGCCUCUUUAGCUGCAGGGACAGGGGAACGUGCCUAUAUCUUUGGAGGUGUCUAUGAUCAGGAGAAUGAGGAUGAUGAUGAAGGGGGACUCAAAGGAACCUUUUAUAAUGACCUCUUUCUCUUAGAUUUAAAAAAGGUUGCCUGGCAUACUGUGACUGUUUGUGGAAAGAAAGAGGAAAGUGAGAAGAAAAAGAGAAGAAGAAAGAAGAAAGAUAAUGGAGAUGAGGAGACAAGACUGCUGAAAAAAGUGCUAUCAAUAGUGGAGCGUGAAAGACUUGUUAACGGCAUAGACGAAACCAAGAAAGUGGUUGAAUUCGUGCAUCCGGAAGAGCUUAAGAAACUCCUGCAACUAGAUAUUCGGAAAGAAGGCCGUUCCUUGGAGGAGACUGAAAAGGUCUUGGAGACGGUGGUGCGCUACAGCGUGAAGACCCAACAUCCGUUCUUCUUCAACCAGCUGUAUGGUGGCAUCGACGAAGUAGCCUUGGCUGGAGCAUGGCUGAUAGAAGCCCUCAAUACUAAUCAACAUACGUUCGAGGUAGCUCCAGUGUUUACUCUCGUGGAACACUAUGUGAUCAGCCGUCUCGUGGAGCUCUUCGGUUGGCAAGAUGGAGACGGAAUAUUUUCUCCCGGUGGGAGCAUGAGUAAUAUGUAUGCCAUGGUGUUGGCCAGAUAUAAGAAAAAUCCUGAAGUAAAGAGGCUUGGGAUGUCGGCGAUGAAACCUUUGGUGGCCUUUACUUCUGACCAGAGCCACUACUCCAUCGGGAAGGCUGCAUCCUGGAUGGGCUUGGGUAGAGACAAUGUGGUCAAGGUGAGAACCGACAAUUGGGGACGGAUGAUCCCCCAGGCAUUGAAAGAGGCGAUAGCGGUAGUACGGACCAACGGCUGUGAACCAUUUUUCGUGCUGGCUACUUCAGGCACAACUGUGUUUGGUGCCUUUGAUCCCCUGGAUACAUUGGCAGAUGUGUGCAAGGACGAGGACUUGUGGCUUCAUGUUGACGCAUGCUGGGGAGGUACCGCCAUCAUGUCGAAGAAGCACCGUUACUUAUUGCAGGGCAUCCACAGAGCUGAUUCGGUGGCUUGGAACCCUCACAAGAUGCUUGGUGCCCCUCUUCAAUGCUCUCCAUUUCUGACGCGACACAAGGGGAUGCUACGUGAAUGUAACGCUGAGAACGCCACGUAUCUCUUCCAACAAGACAAAUUUUACGAUGUAAGUUAUGAUACUGGUGACAAGAGCAUACAGUGUGGUCGAAAAGUGGACGCCUUCAAACUCUAUUUUCUGCUAACCUGUCAUGGCAUGGAUGAAAUGGAGAGGCGAGUGGAUGCUGCCUUCAAGGCUGCAGAAUACUUGGCAGAACAAGUGACACAGCGGCCAGAGUUUCGCCCCGUGUUGGAUGCUGCACAGGGCACCAAUACUUGCUUUUGGUACAUUCCCCCAAGCCUCCGCCAUCAGGAAGAGAAUGCCGAGUGGUGGCAGAAGGUGUCAAAGGUUGCACCGCGAUUGAAGGAACGACUGGUAAAUGCGGGUUCCUUCCUGGUGGGAUAUCAGCCAGUGCCUGAGAAAGGACUUGUCAACUUUUUUCGCAUGGUGAACACUUGUUACCCUGAACCUCAACUCCUCCACAUGGAUCGCCUGCUGGACGAGAUGGACUCACUUGGUGCAGAUCUCUAGGCAACAAUGCAUCACUAGAAGCGUUGGAGCUCUACAACACAUUCCCCAAUCUCUCUCUCUCUCUCUCUCUCUCUCUCUCUCUCUCUCUCUCUCUCUCUCUCUCUCUCUCUCUCUCUCUCUCUCUCUCUCUCUCUCUCUCUCGCAUUCAGGUACAGGUUAUCCUCAUGAAAAAAUCCAGCACCGGUUCCUAUUCUUCUACCAACCAAAUGAUCAGUUGGAAGGCGAGGUCGGUUAUUUCAGCGUGUAAUAAGCGGGAUUCGCAUAUUAAGUAAUCCCAAACAGGCUAUAUGCGCGUAUUCUUCAAGCUGUGAAACGUCGACAG